CACGCCUGCAAGGCCGAGCCAUGCCAUCUGACCAAUUCAAAUUAAUUGGACUCAUUCUUCCCGCCUUCAGCAUCGUUGGAUUUUUCUCCACGUUAAAUGCUGAAUAUCUAUUUCCCCAGCUUUGAGGAUUAUGUGGUUAGGGCCAGAUACUACUACAGACCUCAAGCACUCCAAAUCAGGAUCCCCGUCGUUAGUCAAGCCCUUCAAGGUUGUGGAGGUUAAUUCGCUAUCAGGUUUGAAGGCCGGUCACCGUUCGUGCUUGUUGAUGGCGGAUGAGGCGUUUGUCAUAACAGAUCAGGAAAGACUUGAUCGCCUGAAUAAUGAAGCCAGAGAGAAAAGGAACAGAGAUAUACCCUUUACUCCAGACAUUUCUCAGCCAUUUUAUAACUUUGUUGAAAAAAUUUUUGGAACUGAGAAACCUUACGAGGCUGGACAUGGGUUCCCUUUAACUUACGCAUCUGGAGGAAACUUCCUCCACCGCCCUUUCCUAGAUUUCCCCGCCUUACAGAUGGGCACAUCAUGGUUUACGAUGCAGAAUGUUUUUAGUUCAAGAUUUUGCCAAAUCAUGGAGCGUGACUUCUUCCGCUGUGUUGCAAGAGUUGGCCUUCAAAAUACAGACAAGCAUUGCAAAAUAUACUGGGAAGAUUUGCUUGAAUGUCAGAACCAUGAUAAAGCUAAAAAAAGAGCUGUUAUGAUGAAAAAAGUUAGAGAGGUAAAGAAAAUGGAGCCAAUGGCCACUCUGCCGUACAGCGCAUUUAAAGACCCCGACUUCUGA